AGCGGUACGACAGAAGGUCGCGCCCUCUAAAGUUACUAGAAGGCUAGGGAACCACGCUAACAAGUAGUGGUCACUAGACUAGAACAGUCUGUGCGUAGCCGUUGAGAAGUGUACAAAAAAGAAAAGCAAGUCGCAUCCUUUAAAUAAAAAUCAUAAAAUAAAAUUCAGUCUAAUAUUACCUUUACUCUAGAGAAACCCUCUACAAAUCACGGCUCGAAACUGCCACCUGGCGACAGUAAACGCAAACAACAACUUCGUCUAUCUCUUUUUUUCUUCUUCUUGUCGCCAACCACGAAUUAUAACACACGCGCUCUCACAAUCGAUCUCAAGAUGGUUACAUAUCUUAUUGCACCGUCCGCUUCAAUCUCGAAUAUUGUUUUUUUAAAUGAGAAUAAAAUAGAACAAAAUAAAUAACAAAUACUGUGCCGAGAUUUUCGACGUUCCUGACCCAAGAUCCUCACCAAAGGUUAUUUAUGGAAAAACAACAUACACCCUAAGAAGAAAGUAUGUUACGUUCGUUGUGUGUAAAUGUGAAGAACAAGAAGAAGAUAAAGAUAAAGAUAAAUAAAAGAAAAUAAGUAAAUAAGUUUGUUCGUGAGAAUUUAAUGAUAAACUACAUCGUUUUGCGUAUAAAGAGACUGAUGAAGAAAAAGUAGAUUGGACCAGUAUAAUAACCAAAGUGAUGAAAUCAGGUACUUAUCAUGAUCAUAUCUAUAGUAUAUUUUCAAAACUUCCCAGUGUAAAGCUUAGUUGAUGUAAUUGCGUGAAGAGGAAUUGUAGCUUUCUUUUGUAAGCGUGAGGACGAUUCAGAAUAUUAAUUUCAACGUCAAGAUUUAAUUGACAAACGGACGAUUGUACGGUUCUUAUACUUACCAGGGGAUGAUCAGGGAAUAUCGAAGUGUUCUUAUCAUGUCUCUCUAUUCUUCUUCAAAUCGUUGCUAAAGAUACCUUGCACGGUCCAUGAAAAAAGAUAUUCGUCCUAUUCUUUCAUUGGACGUCUACGAAGAUUCAUCUCAGCAACCAUCGAAGAACCCUACAAAUAAAGCGCCAAAGAGCAGAAACAAAGAACGAAAAAAAAGACGAAGUAACAUAACAUUUUUCAUUUAUCACAAAACAAGGAAUCGUCAUUGGAUUUGUAUUCAAGUAAAACUGUCGAGAGCUUUAUCACUAUCACCGGAACAAUACAAUUUUAAGAAUUGUAACCUGCUCACAAUAAAAAGUAUGUUACAACUUAAGGACGAAAAGUGCAGUUAUGAAGAUAUACAGAAAAACCAGAAUAAGACGAUAGCAGGAAGUUCAAGUGAAUGUGUAAAAAUAGAAUAUAUUAAAGUCGAACAUAGUGAAUUUCAAACAAAUCUAACCAACAACGAAAGGUGUCAUGAAAAUGAACAGGGAAACAUAAUUCAGAACGAACAGUGCAGUUAUGAAGAUAUACAAAAAAAACAGAAUAAGACGAUUGCAGGAAGUUCAAGUGAAUAUGUAAAUAUAGGAUAUAUUAAAAGCGAACAUGGUGAAUUUCAAACAAAUAUAACCAACAACGAAAGGUGUCAUGAAAAUGAGCAGAAGAACAAAAUUAAGGAAGAAAAGUGUGGUUAUGAAGAUAUACAUAAAAACCAGAAUAAGACAAUUGCAGAAAUUUCAAGUGAAUGUGCAAAUAUAAAAUAUAUUAAAAGCGAACAUGGUGAAUUUCAAACAAAUAUAACCAACAACGAAAGGUGUCAUGAAAAUGAGCAGGAAAACAUAAUUCAGAACGAACAAUCCAGUUAUGAAGAUACACAAAAAAACCAGACUAAGACGAUUGAGGGAAGUUCAAGUGAAUGUGUAAAUAUAGGAUAUAUUAACAGCGAACCUGGUGCAUUUCGAACAUAUAUAACCAAUAACGAAAGUUGUCAUAAAAAUGAACAGGAAAACAAAAUUAAGAAGAUUGCAAUAACUGAAACCGAAAAUCUUCGUGAAUAUCCUGAACGACUAAUGUCUUUAUUAAAUUGGCAGAAUAAUAUUUUAAAUACGCUUAAUAAUCAAUCAACUGUAGAAAAUAGUAAAAACGAUCAUAGUAACUCUCAACUAACACUUACUUAUGUGCGAACCUAUCGUAGAUAUCCAGCAAAAACUCGAGCAGACAUGAUUAAGAAGGUUCCAAUGACUUCAACUGAGCGUGUUCGUAAAUAUCGUGAACGACGAAAAUCGUUAUUAAAUCUUCAGAAUAAUAUUUUCAAUGCGCUUAAUAAUCAGUCAACUGUAGAAAAUACUACAAACAAUCAUAGUGAAUAUCGAAUAAAUAUAACCGAUGACGGAAAGGAUCGUGAAAAUGGGCAGGUAAAUAUAAUUAAGAAGGUUCCAAAGACUUCAACCGAACGUUCUCGUGAAUCUCGUAAACGACGAAAAGCGUUAUUAAAUUUAACAAAUAACGAAAAGUGUUGUGAGAGUAAGAAGGUAAAAAAAAUUAAGAAGGCUCCCAAUUCUUCAACCGAACGUGUUCGUAGAUAUCGUGAACGACGAAAAGCGUUAUUAAAUUUAAUUAAUAACGAAAAGUGUUGUGAAAAUAAGAAGGCUCCAAUGUCUUCAACUGAACGUGUUCGUAAAUAUCGUGAACGACGAAAACAGUUAUUAAAUUUGCAAAAUAAGAUUUCAAAUGCGCUUAAUUAUCAGUCAACUGUAAAAAACAGUAUUAGCGAUCAUAGUGAAUCGAGAACAAAUAUAACCAAUGACGAAAAGUGUCAUGAAAAUGAGCAGAAAAACAAAAUUAAGGUCGAAAAGUGUGGUUAUGAAGAUAUAGAAAAAAACCAGAAUAAGACGAUUGCAGGAAGUUCAAGAGAAUGUGUAAAUAUAGAAUAUAUUAAAAGCGAACAUAGUGAAUCUCGAACAAAUAUAACCAAUGACGAAAAGUGUCGUGAAAAAGAGCAGGAAAACAUAAUUCAGAAUGAACAGUGCAGUUAUGAAGAUAAACAAAAAAACCAGAAUAAAACAAUUGCAGGAAGUUCAAGUGAAUGUGUAACAAUAGAAUAUAUUAAAAUUGAUCAUAGUGAAUCUCGAACAAAUAUAACCAAUGACGAAAGGUGUCAUGAAAAUGAGCAGGAAAACAAAAUUAAGGAAGAAAGUUGUGGUUCUGAAGAUAUACAUAAAAACCAGAAUAAGACGAUUGCAGGAAGUUUAAGUGAAUGUGUAAAUAUAGAAUAUAUUAAAAGCGAUCAUAGUAUCUCUCAAUCUACACUUCCUAAUGCCGAAAUCUAUCCUAGAUGUCGAGAAAACAUGAUUAAGAAGGUUCCAAAGAAUUCAACAGAACGUGUUCGCGCAUUUCGUCAACGCCGAAAGGCGUUAUUAGACUUUCAGAAACAUUUUUUAAAUACUUUGAAUAGUGUGUCAACUGUAGAAAAUAUUGAAAAUGAUGAUCAUAAUGGAUAUAUUAUGAAUUGUAUUUCAAGUAACUCUCGAACAAAAUUAUCUAAUGCUGAAAGCUGUUGUAGGUUUUGGCAAAAAAAACGAGCAAACAAAAUUAUUAAGGUUCCAAAGAGUUCAACAGAACGUGUUCGUAAAUAUCGUGCACGCCAAAAAGCGUUAUUAAAUGUGUUAAGCAAUGCUUGUAUUGCGUGUAAUAAUGCUUGCACUCUAAUAAAUAGUGGAAACGAUUAUCAUGAUUCUCAAAUGGAUAUUGUGAAUUGUAUUUCAAGUGAUUCUCAAGCUAAACUAAUUGAUGCCGAAAAGUGUUGUAGCUAUCGGCAAUGUCAAGAGGAAAAGGACAUUGAGGAACUUUUAGAUACUUCAACGGAAGGUGUUCUUACGUUUGUACUCCAAGAGACGUUAUUAAAUAUGCAGAAUAAUAUUUUAAAUGCGUCUAGUAAUGGCUCAACUAUACAAAAUAGUGAAAAUGAUGAUCAUAAUAAUAUCAUGCCAAAAAAGUCUAAUCUCGAGAAUUCGGCAGGAAACGUAGCUCAAAGAACUAGAUCAAAAAUGAAUUAUUUAAAAAAGUCUCAAGAACAACAUGAUGAAUCUUUGGAAAAGAAUAUACCGACAAAGCAAACAAUGUGUCAAAAUUGCCUAACAGUAUCUAAAGCACUAAUUCAAAAGAGUUCUUACGCACGGACAAAGGAACGUUCUGUCCAACCUCUUAUAGUACAUCUUGAAAAUGUAUCUGUACAUUACAUUAAAGACAAUGUUCCCCGAAAAGUACCUGAACCGCCACAAACAACAUUAACUGAAUUCUUCAAAUUGUGUCAAACAACUGAUAUAUUUGGCCUGUUUGCAAGAACAUUAAUAUAUACCGAUGUUCCACACUAUUUUAUAUGGAAUUAUACAACUAAAAAAUGGGUACCACGUAUACAAGGAGAACCACAUCCUACAAUCGCAAACAUUUUCAAAGGAAAAACAGUAGGACAAAUUUUCCAUUUAUAUUCAAAACAACCCGAAUGCAUCUUUUUAGAAUUGUUAUUGGGAAAAAUUCCUGGACCAACGUCUUUCGAAUAUUUGCGAACAAUUAAUGGUAAAGUGUUCAGUACAUAUCAAGAUGCAUGUCGAGAGUUGAAAUUGUUGUAAAACGCUAUUCAUUGGUCCCUAAUGCUUGCUGAUGCAGCGUUGACAUCUACGCCGAAUAACAUUUGUCAAUUGUUCGCUAUUGUUUUGACAACGUAUUAUCCAACACAAUCAUUGACUUUAUGGGAAAAACAUUAAAAAUAUAUGACCGAAGACAUACUACACCGAAUUAAACAAACAAACCAAUAUCCAAAAAUAGAUUAUAUGCCAAAAAUGUACAAUGAAGUAUUAGUGAUGAUCGAAAAUUUAUGUAUUUUAAUUUCAAAUUUGCCACUUAAUCAUUAUAGUAUACCAUUACCUGAUCUUCUGGCCACCGAUUUAGUUAACACUGAUUUGGAACGAGAAAAACAUUAUAAAGAAGAUAACUUAGCUACAAUUAUUGUGAAUAAACAAAAAAAUAUUAAUAAUCAGAUUAUGCCGGUUAUUAAUGCUGAAUAAGGCAGCUUCUUUUUCUUGGAUACAUCAAAUGGAACUGAUAAAACAUUUUUAUUAUUAUUGAUCCUUUAAAAAAUAAGAUUACAAUAGAAAAUUGCAUUAACAAUUGCAUCAUUAGGCAUUACUGCAACUUUGUGAGAUUGUGGACGAACUGCACAUUCAGCAUUCAAUCUGCCAUUAGACAUUCACAACAAAUCAGGUGCAUUGUGUAACAUUAAAAAAAGAAAAGGAAUAGUUACAGUGUUGCAAAGAAAUUCAAUCAUAAUUUGGGAUGAGUGUACCAUGGCCUAUAAACAUUCACUAGAAGCAUUAAAUAGACCUAUACAAGAUUUAAAUGGCAACGAUAAACUAUUAGGUGGUCCUGUCCUACCACUGUCUGGUAAUUUUCGACAGACAUUGCUAGAUAUUCCUUUAUGUUUUUAUGGUAAAUUAUCGAAACACUUCGAUUAACCAUAAAUGUGCUAGUACAAUUGCAAGAUGGUCCAUCAGCACAUAUAUUUUUUAAGCAACUGCUGGAUAUUGGAAACGGUGAAGUAGAACUGCAUCCCAAUACACAAUAUAUCAAAUUGCUAGACAAUUUCUGCACUAUUUUUCAGACAAAAUUGAAUUGAUUAAGAGUGUCUUCCCAGAUAUACUAAAUAAUUUUCUAGAUCAUGAUUUACUCAGUAAUCAUACUAUUUUUACAGCAAAAAAUUUUGAUGUUGACAAAAUUAACCUCCAGAUGCAAUAGUUAUUGCCAGAUAAUCUGAUGGCUUUUAAAUCAGUCGACACUGUUCUUGAUAAAAACAAAACCGUAAAUUUUCCAACUGAAUUUUUGAAUUCAUUGAAUAUAUCAGGAAUGCCACUACACAAUCUUUGGUUGAAGGGAAGUUUAAGAA